AUGUUGCUGUCCGUCUUGAAAGGCCUGACGGACUCCCCUGACUUCGAAGGCCAGAAGCAUCAGGAUAUCCUAGACCUCAUUGAAAAGAUGUCGGACCAGCCUCCAGAAAGUUCGCGGUCGGGCAGCCUGGGCCUCAGCCAAGAUCCAGGAAGUUCGAGCAGCGGCCGGACGUUCGAAAGAGCUCAAACGACGGAUACCUCGCCGAUGCCAAUGGGCACGGAUGAUUCUCGCGCUUACUUCAGACGUGCUGGCGAGAACCUUGUCAGGUCUGACAUUGGUUCGCCCGACAGACAACGAGAGUUAUCAUCGGCCGUCAACCUCGACGCUGGAACCGGUAUGCCAGGAUAUGUUGGUAAAAUGUCCGAGGUCUCCUGGGUGCAACGGAUUGGAGCAUAUCUCGUCGGUGUGCAGCCUUUGUCAUAUCCCGACUUCGCCUCUACCCAGAUUGAUAUGCAGAAUCUUGACGCCACAGGCAUUGCCUACUACACCGAUGACCAGAAUUUGCUGGCCAUCGAUGAGGAUUACGUCGAUCCGCAUCUGUUGCCGCCGUGGCAAGUUGUCAUGGUCCUCACCGAAGCAUACUUCCAUUCUUUGCAAGGCGCCUUCCACUUUGUCCCGCGUGAGCAGUUUUAUCAAGAUUUGAAGAAUGUGUACGAUGCGGUGGGUGAGAGGGUCGUUCCGACCUGGGGUCAGCGGAGCUGUCUCGCACUGGCCAAUGUGAUGUGGGCAGUCGGCGCUAAAUGGAUGCAGAUGACACAUCUCGAGCAGCAUACCUUGUCGAGCGUACACCAUGAUUUCUCGGAAAAUCAUCUAGUAUACUACGCUCGCGCACGUGCGCUUGGCCUAGACCACCGAAUGCAGUUUGACCACCCGAGCAUCGAGUUAAUACAAGGUUUGGCCGUUCUGGGACUGUACCUGCUGGCCAAUGGCAGCAUUCAGCGGGCUUCGAGUCUGGUUGCGCAGGCUAUAAGGCACGCCACGGCUCUGGGACUUCACCUCAAAGUCACAGAAGGGGUCAUGUCAGACUCGGAAUUGACGCGUCGAUCUAGACUCUGGUGGUCUCUCUACCGCAUCGAGGUUUUGCUCUCGGAGACCACAGGACGGCCGAAAUGUUUGCAUAUUGAGGACAUGACUGUUCCUUUCAGGUCGCUGUUCUCGAAUGCAGGCGAAGGCUUGCCUGAUGUACCAGGUAAUAUCAUCGAUGCUCCAAUAUCCGACAACGAUUCCGCCGAGGUUUGGAAGGCUUUCAUUGGGGACGGCACAGAAGUUGCACGUCGAUUGAAAGGCGGCGCGAUACCCUGGUCGAAGCUCGUACCGCUCGGCCUCAACAUGAGCGAGACUCAUUUCGCCGCAAGCCUUGAGUUGAGUGGAAUCAGUGAUAAGAUUGGAUCCAAGAUAUACCUCAGCCCGGGAGACUUGACGUGGUUCGAUGUUCAGUCCACAGUCAAAAAAAUGGAGAGAGAACUUGAACAAUGGCAGGAGCAUCUACACCAAGAUCUGCAAAUGGAAUCCCUUGGGCAGACCCAGAUUGAUCCACGUUCCAGUCUGGAGUUGGAGAUGUACUUCUGCAGUAUACGCAUGAUCCUAUACCGGCCUUUCAUGUGCGAGAUCCGUAUUGAUCAAGAAUCCGCUGGAAGCGCCGAGUUCAACCGGCUCUCUGCGCGUGCUGGGGUCACUGCUGCGAUUCGAAUGCUCGAUGUAAUGCCCGAUGACCCGAUCGCAGCGGAUGUUGCGCAAGUUCUCCCCUGGUGGGUUCUUUUGCAAUACGUUUGUCGAGCCGCGGCAAUGUUGCUUCUGGAAAUGUGCUUGAACAUCCAGCACAUGCAGAAUGAAACGAAAGAGGUUAUGGCGGCUACGAGGAAAGCGCUGAACUAUCUCUGGAUCCUGGCGCCGGAGUCAAAGAGCGCAUACCGAGCGUGGAAUAUCUUUCGUCCGCUGGUCGAUAAAGUGGCGCAGCGAUACCGUCAGAACGUGUUGGGAAAUCUGCCCUUGGAUGCUCAGAAACCACAAGGUUGGUCACGGGAUGAUAACCAGAAAAUGCAUCAGUGCAUAGCCAAAAUCUUGUGGUAG